AUGGAGCGUCUGCAGCAAAUGCGGGAUCGAGAGCGGGAGCGGGAAGGGGGAAGGAGGGAUGGUCUGGCUCUGCAAAUUGUGUGCGGAGGCGAGGGAGUUGUGGAAGAAGUCGGGGGCCUGGUUCUUCAAGACGCUGCCGGCUUAUACCCUUCCUCAGAGCGGGGAAGUCAAGGGUCGGCCUUCCCCUCUUCCUCUUCAGGGCUCGGCGAGGCGACAGGCACCGCCCGCCUGGGCCAGGAACAAAGGAUUAAUCAACGACUUCCGACAGAGCUGGCGACGGAGGACACGGAAGAGGAGAGUUCCGAGGAGGACCUCCUUGGCAUCAGGACUCACUCAUACAGGCGGAGGAGGGGAUUCAUUGCGCCCCAAGUCCCCAAUCUCCAUCCCGAUUCCCACGAGUCCCCGGACUCCUCGCCCCCCACCAUCCCCGACCUUCCCGGUUGCUCCUCCUUACCCGUCGUCCCCGGUUUUCUCCCGCCCCCCAUCCUCCCCGCGCCUCCCGGGCUCUACAGCCUUCUCCCGCCCCCCGUCUUCCCCAUGGCCCACCCGGUCACAGCAAACUCCAUCCAUUCGAAGCGACGACAGUCUUCGCAUCCCUGGUUUGAUCCUCCCCCAGCAGCAACAGCCUCCACCUUCCCCGGUUCCCUCUCGGAAGAACCCAACCCCGAUCUCCACCCCGCGCAUGAAGCCCAGGCAUAUCAGCAUGACAUUUUCGUAUUCUCAGGAGAAUUGGAGUUCAGCCUAACGUACUACGAAGAUCAGCAGGCCCUGCACUGCACAGUCAUCAGGGCGAAGGAUCUUCAAGCCACAGAGCACACUGGAUACGCGGAUCCAUAUGUCCUCGUUCACCUCUUGCCACGUGCCGCGCGGGUCAGAGAUCACACAUGUCACGCUUUCUGGCGCAUGCAAUCUAAAUACGUAAAAGGAGGAGAGAUGCGAACACGGACGGUACAUCGAACUCUGCACCCGGAGUUCAACGAGACAGUCACAUAUCACGGAAUUCGACCGGAGGACCUGGUCGUCAAGUCCCUCCAGCUCUCAGUCAAUGAUGACACGCUGCGAUCGACAGAUGAGGAUCGGUUCGGGCACGAUAAUUUGGGCGAGGUGAUCCAACCCCUGAACGUGCUUCAGCCCCAAGUCCCCUUCCAUACGAUCGCCAAGCUCGAUCUCCCUCACUGGAUGGAGCGAAACUCAAUAUCUGGCCUUCUUCAGAAGAUGGCGAGGAAGGGGAGUAUGGAUCCGGUGGGGAUGGAUCCGUCGGUGGAGCGGGGCAAGAUCCUGCUCUCGCUCAAGUUUUCCUCGUCUCGGCAUGCCUUGAUUGUGGGGAUCAUUCGGUGCAAGGGGCUCUUCCCUAAGGAUAUCAAUGGAUACUCAGACCCUUUUGUUAGAGUGUGCGUUUCUUUCCUCAAUCUCUAUCCUCCUACCAAGUGUCAAACAUCCCUACUGCCAGAUCCUCAGCACCGCCGCUACAAGACGACCACCAAACACAAGAACCUGAACCCCACCUUCAACGAGGAGUUCAUCUUCGAUGGAAAGCUGAGCGACCUCCCGAAGAGGACCCUGGACAUCUCCGUGUGGGACAAAGACUACGGCAGACGCGACGACUUUCUCGGCAGCCUCCGCAUCGGCAUCGAGUCCAAGGGCGAGCGCCUGAGGCACUGGUUCGAGACCAUCAAGAAUCCCGACAUACGCCACGACCGGUGGCAUGCCCUCACGGGGGACUUCAUUCCAGACACAUGAUUCACCCAUUGUUACAUAUUUAAAUUUUAUCGGUUUGGACUUCGUCGAGAUGACAAUAUAAGCCAAUGAUUCCGGAC